GACCCGUACUUCAUGAAGAACCACCUGGGCUCGUACGAGUGCAAGCUGUGCCUGACGCUGCACAACAAUGAGGGAAGCUACUUGGCACAUACCCAGGGCAAGAAGCACCAGACCAACCUGGCCCGUCGAGCCGCCAAGGAGGCAAAGGAAGCUCCUGCCCAGCCCGCACCAGAAAAAGUCAAAGUGGAAGUGAAGAAAUUUGUGAAAAUCGGACGACCGGGUUACAAGGUGACCAAGCAGAGAGAUCCAGAAACAGGCCAGCAGAGCCUUCUCUUCCAGAUCGACUACCCGGAGAUUGCAGAAAGCAUCAUGCCCCGUCACCGGUUCAUGUCGGCCUACGAGCAAAGGAUCGAGCCCCCUGACCGGCGCUGGCAGUACCUUCUGAUGGCAGCGGAGCCCUACGAAACCAUAGCUUUCAAGGUGCCAAGCAGAGAAAUCGACAAAGCAGAAGGGAAGUUUUGGACCCACUGGAACAGGGAGACCAAACAG